CGCGGAUAUAGACGAGCUGGGAGCCCAGAUCUUGGAGGAGCAAAGCCAUCGAGUCUGGGCAGACGAAACUAAAUCGCCCAGCGUAGCAAGACAAGGGGGGCGUGCAGCGGCUCCUGCAUCUCACAGCGCCGGGAGAGCUGCCUGGCUUGUUGCUGUAAGCUCACCGGGCACGGGGUCUAGGGGCUUCGAGAGGGGACGGGGGGCAGAAAAGGGGGUCUCGCUUGAAGACGCAGACAGGAGGCGAGGUGCAGUGUUGAUGCGAUAAUACUAUUUUAUAAAAUUGAGAAAUUCUCCGGAGCGGCUCGGCAGCAGAGUGUACGGGAUGGACCCGGGAACGCCUGGAGCCGGGCUGGCGGGUCCCUUCCUGUCCCAGCAGCUGCAGCAGGUGUUUCCGGCUCCUCACCGGCCGGGGCUCGGCUCCAUCGGGAAGCCCAUCAAGCUGCUGGCAAACUACUUCCAGGUUGACAUCCCCAAGAUGGACGUGCACCACUACGAGGUGGACAUCAAGCCAGAGAAAUGUCCCCGGCGUGUCAACAGGGAGGUGGUGGAGUACAUGGUGCAGCAUUUCAAACCUCAGAUCUUUGGCGAGAGGAAGCCGGUCUACGAUGGAAAGAGGAACAUCUACACAGUGAGAGCACUGCCCAUUGGCACAGAGCAGGUUGAUUUCGAGGUGACGAUCCCUGGCGAAGGGAAGGACCGGAUAUUCAAGGUGUCGAUCAAGUGGGUGGCGAUGGUGAGCUGGCGGCUGCUGCACGACGCGCUAGUCAGCGGCCGGGUCCCUGUCCCACUGGACUCUGUGCAGGCGCUGGACGUGGCCAUGCGCCACCUCUCCUCCAUGAGGUACACUCCAGUGGGGCGCUCCUUCUUCUCCCCUCCCGAGGGGUACUAUCACCCGCUGGGCGGGGGCAGGGAGGUGUGGUUUGGGUUCCAUCAGUCCGUGCGGCCCGCCAUGUGGAAUAUGAUGCUGAACAUCGACGUGUCAGCCACUGCGUUUUACAAAGCCCAGCCUGUGAUUGAGUUCAUGUGUGAGGUGCUGGAUAUGCGGAGCGUCGGCGAGCAGCCCAGAUCCCUGAGCGAUUCUCAGAGGGUGCGAUUCACAAAGGAAAUCAAAGGUCUGAAGGUGGAGGUGACUCACUGUGGGCAGAUGAAGAGGAAAUACCGAGUGUGCAACGUGACCCGCCGGCCCGCCAGCCACCAGACGUUCCCUUUGCAGCUGGAGAACGGCCAGGCAAUGGAGUGCACUGUGGCUCAGUACUUCAAACAGAAGUACAGCCUGCAGCUCAAGUACCCGCACCUGCCCUGCCUGCAGGUGGGCCAGGAGCAGAAGCACACCUACCUGCCCCUGGAGGUGUGUAACAUCGUAGCGGGGCAGCGCUGUAUCAAGAAAUUGACGGAUAAUCAGACUUCCACCAUGAUCAAAGCGACCGCGCGCUCAGCACCCGACAGGCAGGAGGAGAUCAGCAGGCUGAUGAAGAAUGGCAGUUACAAUUUGGACCCGUACAUCCAGGAGUUCGGGAUCAAGGUGAAGGAUGAUAUGGUGGAGGUGAUGGGCAGAGUGCUGCCAGCUCCCAUCCUGCAGUACGGAGGCAGGAACCGAGCCAUCGCCACCCCCAACCAGGGCGUGUGGGACAUGCGGGGGAAGCAGUUCUACAACGGCAUCGAGAUCAAGGUGUGGGCCAUCGCCUGCUUCGCACCGCAGAAACAGUGUCGCGAGGAGGUGCUCAAGGGCUUCACUGACCAGCUGCGCAAGAUCUCCAAGGACGCGGGGAUGCCUAUCCAGGGCCAGCCCUGCUUCUGUAAAUACGCGCAGGGCGCUGAUAGCGUGGAGCCCAUGUUCCGCCACCUGAAAAACACCUACUCAGGGCUGCAGCUCAUCAUAGUCAUCCUGCCCGGGAAAACGCCUGUCUACGCGGAGGUGAAGCGUGUGGGAGACACUCUCCUGGGAAUGGCCACUCAGUGUGUUCAGGUGAAGAAUGUGGUGAAGACCUCCCCCCAGACCCUCUCCAACCUCUGCCUGAAAAUCAAUGCCAAGCUGGGGGGGAUCAACAACAUCCUGGUCCCGCACCAGCGCUCUGCAGUGUUCCAACAGCCUGUGAUCUUCCUGGGCGCUGAUGUCACGCACCCCCCUGCAGGCGACGGCAAGAAGCCCUCGAUUACUGCGGUGGUGGGGAGCAUGGACGCUCACCCCAGUCGAUACUGUGCCACGGUGAGAGUGCAGCGCCCCCGGCAGGAGAUCAUCCAGGACCUGGCCUCCAUGGUGCGGGAGCUGCUCAUCCAGUUCUACAAGUCGACCCGCUACAAGCCCACCAGGAUCAUCUUCUACAGAGACGGGGUGCCGGAGGGGCAGCUCCCACAGAUCCUGCACUAUGAGCUGCUUGCUAUCAGAGACGCGUGCAUCAAGCUGGAGGAGGAGUACCAGCCUGGCAUCACCUACAUCGUGGUGCAGAAGCGCCACCACACCCGGCUCUUCUGCGCUGACAAGAUUGAGAGGAUCGGGAAGAGUGGGAAUAUACCAGCGGGAACGACAGUGGACACCAGCAUCACACACCCGUUUGAGUUUGACUUCUACCUGUGCAGCCAUGCAGGGAUACAGGGCACCAGCCGCCCCUCUCACUACCACGUGUUGUGGGAUGACAACUGCUUCACUGCGGACGAGCUGCAGCUCCUCACCUACCAGCUGUGUCACACGUAUGUGCGCUGCACCCGCUCUGUCUCCAUCCCCGCGCCCGCUUACUACGCGCGGCUGGUGGCUUUCCGAGCGCGAUACCACCUGGUGGACAAGGAUCACGACAGCGGGGAAGGCAGCCACAUCUCCGGGCAGAGUAACAUGCGAGACCCCCAGGCUCUAGCCAAAGCAGUGCAGGUGCACCAGGACACGCUGCGGACCAUGUACUUCACCUGAACUGAGCCCUGACACUGGCCCCUUACCUCACACAGAGCCCUGUCCCUCCACAGCCAGGGGGUUGCCUCUGUACUGAGCCCUGACACUGGCCCCUUACCUCACACAGAGCCCUGUCCCUCCACAGCCAGGGGGCUGCCUCUGUACUGAGCCCUGGCACUGGCCCCUUACCUCACACAGAGCCCUGUCCCUCCACAGCCAGGGGGCUGCCUCUGUACUGAGCCCUGGCACUGGCCCCUUACCUCACACAGAGCCCUGUCCCUCCACAGCCAGGGGGCUGCCUCUGUACACACACUAAGGAUCCAGGGAACUGGGUCGUCUUCCAAGAAAACAAGCAAAACCUUUUUAUUAUUUUUAUUGUUUUAUAUUUCCACACAAGUAUGUAUGCAAUAUUGAAGAAAGGAGUCCUUGACUGCCAAUGCACAGACAAGCACGCACAGACACUGACGCACGCACUGACACACACACACGCUGACACACACGCUGACACACGCACUGACACACACACUGACUGACACACUGGAUCUCGCACUGGAUUGUGUUCUCUUCUCCUGCGAGCUUCGCACACGUCGUGGUUCAGGAACAUUUUAACGCAGCACUUUCCUUUAGAUGUUGCUGCUGUGGUUGUUAUUAUUUUAUUAUUAUUAUUGUUUGUGUUUAUAUUUUAUUGCAGCCCUGAUGUGAGGCCCAAGAGCAUGUAGGGUAGAAGUAGCCUAGUGAGGGAGGAGUGAGUGAGGAGGGAGGAGGGCGUGACGAGUGCAGGUUUGCAGAGUGCCUCACUGUAGUGCCACAGUCCACUCCCCUGCUGGGUAGCGAGGACCAGGAGUCUCUUCCAGGGAGCAGUUCACUGGCCGUGUGCCACACAGCCAAUAUUUUACAAUGAUGCAAGGGUUUGAAAGGUCAGCCCCGAUGAAGAAUUGAGCGUUCAAGCAGAAACGUUUUGAAGGAACACUUUGAAACGAGUCUGUACAAUAAACAACCUUUGCAACGCUGCCUUCAGCCGUGGUGUUGCCAUGGCUAUGGGGUUCACAUUUUUAUCACUUUUUUUGUUAUGUUAGGUACUUCCUGUGUCCUCGUGUAUGAAGCAUUUUGAAUUCCCUUCCUACAUGCUUCCUGAUCGACUGGACCAGUACACUUCCUCUGUGAGGCUGCUCUCUCAGACACAGUGUGUCCUUCCCCCAGCGCCCAGGCUGCUCUCCCAGGCACAGUGUGUCCUUCCCCCAGCGCCCAGGCUGCUCUCCCAGACACAGUGUGUCCCUCCCCCAGUGCCCAGGCUGCUCUCCUAGACACAGUGUGUCUCUCCCCUGGUGUCCUGGUCCUGAGUGGAGGACCCAGCGCCCAGGCUGCCUGUCUUCUCCCAGCACAGUUUCCCUCAGCCUCACACACACAGGCCAGCAUUGCAUUCCACUCACUGUGCAAAGGCAAGCACUGCACACACCUGGCAUUCCAGGAACAGAUCUACACACACCCACAUACCUGUGUGGAUUCAGAGCGACAGGCAGGACUGAAAGGCACAUUCCUACCUUCGGCACAUUCCUGCCAUGGUACACACCUGGUUUCACAUAGAGAUCCACCCACCUCCACACAUAGAAUACACACCAUACCAACCCUCGGAGUCACACUGGCACAGUUAAUGUGUGCCUGCAGUCACAGAGAAGGGAGAGGAUCCAGGAGAUUCUCUCCAGACUCACUGCAGUAAAUUAAACUGCACCCCAGAAUCCCAGUAUCUGAUGAGCUGUGCAGGGCAACACAGCAUUACACUGCACUGCCCUGAAUGUGUGGGACUGCAUCAUUACAGCACAGCAUUACACUGCACUGCCCUGAAUGUGUGGGACUCCAUCAUUACAGCACAGCAUUACACUGCACUGCCCUGAAUGUGUGGGACUCCAUCAUUACAGCACAGCAUUACACUGCACUGCCCUGAAUGUGUGGGACUGCCAUCAUUACAGCACAGCAUUACACUGCACUGCCCUGAAUGUGUGAGACUACAGCAUUACACUGCACUGCCCUGAAUGUGUGGGACUCCAUCAUUACAGCACAGCAUUACACUGCACUGCCCUGAAUGUGU